AUGCCCUUCACUGCCUGUCUUGCCUAUGUUGAGGUUAACUAUGUUGUUCAAUCUAAAAUGGUGUUGUCAAUACGUGGAUACCUCGAGCACAACCAGGAAUGCAAGGACGCACACAUUACCUGGUACCCGCCACAAUCAGUGCACCCUGAGGUCUUCAAAGUUGCCCUUGCUCAGCUCAAAUGUGGUGCAGAUAUUACAGAAGUCCAGGAGACAAACCUUUGCAUGGCACAAGCACACACAUACCCUGGGAAGCCUUCUGUUGGCGAUUUCUCAAAGAGCGCAUACCAUUGGAUUCUACGUGCUGGCGACAAUCGCUCACUUUACUGCCAGUUCAACUGGAUGCAUGGUGUCUGCACUACAACUGCAGCCCAUGUUAAUAUUGACGAAUGGCUGAGUCCAGACUCACCACAAUAUAACCGCGCUCUUGCCAAUGCAGUAUUCCACUACAGAGCACAGACAACUUGUGAAGAGCGGCUGAAGGUGUGCAUUGCCACAUCUGAGAUGCGCGAAGCAGCUUGGAAGUAUGCACAUUGCUCUCAAAUCAUCCUUGAUGGCACAUUUGGUGUCUGCAACCGGAAGAUGCUAUUGUUCAUUGUUAUGGGCAUUGACGAGGAGGGAAGAGGCAUACUGCUAGCCUUUCUGCUGUUCUCCGCACCGACAAAAAACAAGCAAACAUCUGCCAGGUACGACGCUGAGAUUCUAACUGAACUGCUCCGCGAAUGGAAAUUAGCUCCCAGGACGAAGAAUGGAGAGGCUGUCACCGUCCAUGCUGCCAUCACCGACACUGAUCUCAUGGAACAGAACGCAUUAGCGGCGGUCUUCGAUAACAUCUGGCUGCUUAUUUGCAAAUUCCAUCUGCGUCAGUCCUUUCGAAAUCAUUGCAAUCGUGUUCUGAAGGGCACAUCACCUUUUGCUCACGACUUGAAGGCACGUAUGAAGCGCCUCGAGACCCAGGUUGUCCAAACCAAGGAGCACACCGCGUUUCUAGCCUUCAUCGAGGAAGAGCGAGAGGUGCUCGCAGCCUUCAAACACUCGCUUGUCGGCCCUGAGACUCUUGAUGGUCUGGCGCUGAUUUAUAGCGCGCAAGAGCAUCUGGACUACCUGCAGAACUACUGGGGAAGGGAGGCCCUAUGGCAGAGUUGGUCAGACUUUGGUCGCUGUGUUGCCGCUGUUCGUCUGGGGUGCGCAGUGGAGAGAGUGCUGCCAACGACAAAUCACCUCGAGUCGUUCAACGGCGUAUUUAAAAGGAAGCAUCUAAAGCGAUGGCAGCACAAUGGAAAGCCGCUCUGA